AGCAGUCGCUGACUGCGAGGCUGCUGCUGUAAGAAGCUCUGGGCGUUUUCAGGUUGCAACACCUCUCCCUUCACUCCAGUUAAAGAGCAGCAGAGGGAGGCUGAGAGAGGAGUCAGUGUCCCGGCAGUGAAGGAGCACAGACACAGCCAUGAAGCUCCUCUCUCUGUUUACCACUGCUGUUUGGAUCUGCGUGGCCACUGCUGGGAUCCGUCAUGAUGAUAUACACUGGACAUACACAGAGGGAGCUCUGGACCAGAUGCACUGGCCGACCAAGUAUCCUGCUUGCGGCGGAAAGAAACAGUCUCCGAUUGACAUCCAGAGACGCAAAGUCAGACACAACCCAGACAUACUGCAGCUGGAGCUGGCUGGAUAUGACACUCAGAGAGGGACUUUUCGCAUGUCCAACAACGGACACACCGUUCAAAUCGACCUGCCUCCAACCAUGAUGAUCACCAAAGGUCUCCCUGGAAAAUACACUGCUGUUCAGAUGCACCUGCACUGGGGCGGCUGGGACCUGGAGGCCAGCGGAGCAGAACACACCAUAGACGGCAUUCGUUACAUGGCAGAGCUCCAUGUGGUCCAUUACAAUUCUGACAAGUAUAAGAGCUUCAGUGAAGCCAAAGAUAAGCCCGACGGACUGGCAGUGCUGGCCUUCUUCUAUGAUGAUGGACAUUUUGAGAACACUUACUACAGUGAUUUUAUCUCCAACCUGGAUAAGAUUAAGUACGUUGGUCAGUCCAUGAACAUAUCCAGUAUCAACGUGCGCUCAAUGCUGCCGGAGAACAUGAACCACUUCUUCAGGUACCAGGGUUCUCUGACUACUCCACCCUGCUACGAGAGCAUCCUCUGGACCGUGUUUGACACACCCAUCACUCUGUCACACAACCAGAUCAGGAAACUGGAGAGCAGUCUGAUGGACAUGGACAACAAGACUCUGUGGAAUGAUUACCGCAUGGCUCAGCCUCUCAACGACCGUGUGGUCGAGUCCUCUUUCCUUCCUCGCCUUGGGAAAGGAACAUUCUGCCGCCAAGAUGAAAUUGAAUCCAAACUGUUAAAGAUUGAGGGUCUGAUAACUUCCCUUGGAAGGAUCGUACAUUCAGGAGGUCAACGCAAUACAAAGGCUUCUAGAAAUGAACCUCGCGCUCUGUUCCCCCUCGUUUUCAACUUCCCGGAGAAAAAUUCCGGCAGCUAUGCUUUGGCCCGCCUUAGUCAUUCUAUGGACUUGGACUCUUUCACCGUCUGUAUGCACGUUCUCCCUCAAAUCGAGGGCAUCCACACCGUCAUCUCUUACGCCAGUAACAGCAACGAGAACGAGCUGAUGAUCUCCAUCGGCGAGGACAGAGAUGGAAAAGAGGUGGGGCUCUGGAUUGGCAACGAGUUCGUCAACCUGCCUCACAACUUCAAGUCACGCGACUGGGCCAACUACUGCGUCACGUGGUCAUCACACACUGGCGGUGCAGAGUUGUGGAUCAACGGCAUGGUGGGGGAGCAGCGGUACCUGCAAAGUGGUUACACCAUCAACCCGGGCGGUGUGUUCAUCUUAGGCAAAGACCAGGACGGAUUACUGGGCAUCUCCAACACCGACGCCUUUGUGGGUAAGAUGACCGACGUCAACGUGUGGGACUACGUCCUGACCACGGCAGACAUCCGAGACCAGAUGUCGUGUGAGAAGAACAGCACUGUGGUGGGGAACGUGUUCAGCUGGGGAUCCACUGAACUGAGUCUGUUUGAUGGAGUGCAGCUGGACAGUCAGUACAGAUGUAACUGAACGCAGCUGCUGCUUCUGUUUGUUUGAGCUUAUCAUUAACAGUUACUGGAGAGGCUUUUCUUAACAUAUACAUUUGGGUACGUUAGGCACCUUAAAGUCAAGGUUCAAGUAUGCAGAAAUUUCCUGUUACUGUGUGAGUGCAUUGCAGGGUCUGCUUAUGGGCGUCAUACACAAACUGUCCUAACACUGUUAGGUUGGAUAUACAGGGAGAUUUAGGAUUGAUGAGCUGAUCCCACCUCUCCCUCUGACACACGUUCUACUGCUAGCUUCUUUUUAUGUUAUUUAAUAUUUAAGCAAAUAAUUAUUAGAAAAGCCAAACAAACGGCAGCAUCCCUGCAGAUGACAACAUUACCAUACACCUCCAGUCACUUAUUAAAAUUGAGGAUUCCUUUUAGCAUGUUUCUAUAGUUUAAUUAAAAAAAGUACCUUCAAACAUUCUUUAAAAAAAAAACAACUACCUAUUAUUAAAUAUAAUGUACGUAAAUUACAAGGUAAAGAUAAAAAAC